GCUCACAGAUGCCAUCAAUCAGUAGUCAGGGGUGGUAACAUAUACCCGUUUGGUGCCCCCAAAAGGUUGGAGAAGUUUGCCAAAAGAAAUUACUACUGGAAGUUGCUUAUGGCAUUACCACCUUACUAAUCAAGGGUUCCUGGCAUUAGAAAUCCUGGAUGGAAUGCUUAAACAUAAAAAUACAUAUGAGAUUAUAUCUCCUGAAGAUAUUGGGCUUCACCGGGCUAAUGAGUCUGGCAUUGUCCUUGGAAAACUCAGUGGACGUCAUGCUUUGAAAUCUCGCCUUUCAGAGCUUGGUUACAAUGUUGAUGGUAAGGAAUUUGAUGAUCUUUUCUGGCGUUUCAAAGCUGUAGCUGAAAUGAAAAAGAUUACUACUGAUGAUGAUCUGAUAGCACUGGUGUCAGAUGUAGUUUUCCAGCCACAAGUUGUUUGGAAGCUUGGAGAUGUUCAAGUUACAUGUGGAACUCUUGGUCUCCCUAUGGCAACUGUUAGACUCAUUGAUGCUGAGGGGGAAGAGCAUAUUGCAUGUGCGAAUGGAACAGGUCCAGUCGAUUCAGCAUACAAAGCUGUUGAUCUCAUUGUGAAGGAACCUGUAACACUUCUUGAGUACUCCAUGAAUUCUGUAACGGAAGGCAUUGAUGCCAUAGCUACUACCAGAGUUUUAAUUCGUGGGGAGAACAACCACACAUCAACUAAUGCUACUGGAGAAACUGUCCAUCGUACAUUUAGUGGAACUGGGGCAGGAAUGGAUAUUGUUGUCUCGAGUGUCCGAGCAUACAUUAAUUCCUUAAACAAGAUGUUAGGUUUCAAGAACCAAUCCAAAUCAAAGGUGAAUGCAGGAAAUUCUCAAGUGUCAGCAUGAAGAUACAAGGAAUUAAUUUUGUGUUUUCCAUGUUAGAAGAGUCAGUUGAUUGCUUUUCAACUCUUCUCCUUGAUUUGUGCUUUCUAGCAGACAGUUUUCGAGGGUGCUUAAAAAACCUGAAAAAGGUGUGAUAUAGACUAUUUGUUGAACACCUUCUUAUUUUAAUCUGUCGAAAAUUACAUUUGGUUUGAGAACCAUUCAGACUUUUGUCUGCUUCUGAAACAUAUAUAUUGUUGCAGCUAGGGUUUAUUGUGUCUCUGUUCAUCAAGGUGACCAGUGUCUCCUGGUUUAUUUU